GUUGUCCAAUAUUGAUGUUCAUCAAAAUGUUAUUUGUUGUUGUGAUGUGCUGUUUUGCCUGACUGGUAUGCAUCCAACUACUCGGCUGCACGGUGGGCCAUACGGAUGGAUGAGAGUUGGUGCGGGGGUGUGGCUAUCGUAUACAGUGUAGCGUUAAAACCACACGUGGACCAACACACGAUUUGCAGUUCGUACAGGAAACUUUGAAAAGUUUGACAACUGGAGCUAACAUACUUCCCCGUGUGUCUAAGAUGGAACCCCAUCUCAAGAAAAUGCCAUACGCGCUUAAUACAUUUCUUGAUUUGGAAGAGGUUAUGUGCAAGCAGCUUCUGAGCCUGGACCUCCGGGACGCAUCCAAGCAGUCAACAUUCCCAGUGAGACCUGUUGGUUACAAUAAGCCCUGGACCCCAUGUUCCCUCUCUGCAUCUAGCUCUGCCCUCUCUACUCACACCACAGAAAGUGCAACCAUGACCUCCAGCCACUGGGGGCAGAACACAGAGGCCUCACUCCCAUCAAGAUUGAAGAUGUCAUUCUGGGCUGAGCGCUCGGUCAGCAUGGUGGAGCCCAGCAUGAGCACCCUGGGCUGGGCCUCUACAGAGCCUAAACAGCCCCCAGCCUCCCCUACUGGUGGCCCUGUCUCUGGGUCUCCCACCUCCUCACGCUAUAAGACUGAACUCUGCCGCACCUUUGCUGAGAGUGGCAUCUGUAAGUACGGGGGGAAGUGCCAGUUUGCCCACGGCUUUGAUGAGAUGCGUGACCUCAACAGACACCCCAGGUACAAGACGGAGCCUUGUCGCACCUUCCACACCAUUGGCUUCUGUCCUUACGGCAUCCGCUGCCACUUUGUUCAUAACAAUGAGGACGACCUGGGCCCUGGUCCUGCCAGACCUGGGCCUGGUCCUCAAACCCCCCGAACCAGACGACCCCCUCUACUUAGGCAGAGCUUCAGCUUCGGAGGCUUCCCCUCCGCCCCUCCACAGCCCCUGGAGCACUCCCUCCCCCACCCCUUCCUCCUUGUGCCUUCAGUCUCCCCUCCCACCUCAGCUGACAUAACCGACCUGCUCUCCCACGCCUUCUCUGAGGUGGGCUGUGUCUUUGAGCCGGCCCAUGAACUCCAGUCUCAGUUUCUUCCCUCUCCUGACUCAGGCUGUUCCCUCUGUGGGCUGUCCCCUGUGCCUUCCCAGAACCCCUGUAUCUUAUCAGAGGGCUGCAGCCUGCAGCAGAGCCAGAGUCCCCCCUGUGGGCCUGCUCUCAGGGCCAGGAGCCUCUCCUAUACCUCCCUGUCUGACCACGAGGGUGGGUGUGGCAGCUCAGCCAGCAGCCUCAGUGGGUCUGACUCCUCUGGUCCAGAUGGGUCUGGUCGGCGGCUGCCUAUCUUCAGCCAGCUCUCAGUGCCUGACGAGGGCUUCAGCAGCGAGUUCUGCAGCGGCACUAGCUUUUUCCUCUAGAACUUGUCACUGUUUUUGGUAACCCAAAGGAAACCUGGUGAAGAACUGUGGAGAUGAGAUGAAGGGCAGUGGCCUGUCAUGGAAAAACCUCCCCCCAAAAAUCUAAAUAUCAGCAGCAGUGGCGCUUUCUUGUGAAAGCCUUAUGUUCCGUAUAGGAACGAAGAGGAUUAAGGAUCUCUACAGAUCGGUGUCCCGUCCGCAGGACGGUUGAGCUAACGUAAGCUAAUGUGAUUAGCAUGAGGUUAUAAGAAACAAACAAAAAUCCCAGUACAUAGACAUAUCUGAUGUUUGUAGAAAGCUUAAAUUCUUGUUAAUCUAACUGCACUGUCCAAUUUACAGUAGCUAUUACAGUGAAAUAAUACCAUGCUAUUGUUUGAGGAGAGAGCACAAUUAUGAACGUGAAAAUGUAUGAAUAAACCAAUUAGGCACAUUUGAGCAGCCUUGAUACAACAUUUUGAAUAGAUACAGUGCCUUGCGAAAGUAUUCGGCCCCCUUGAACUUUGCGACCUUUUGCCACAUUUCAGGCUUCAAACAUAAAGAUAUAAAACUGUAUUUUUUUGUGAAGAAUCAGCAACAAGUGGGACACAAUCAUGAAGUGGAACGACAUUUAUUGGAUAUUUCAAACUUUUUUAACAAGUCAAAAACUGAAAAAUUGGGCGUGCAAAAUUAUUAUCCAGUUCACUGGAUCACUCUAAAACUUUGCACAUACAGUGCUGCCAUCUAGAGGCCAAAGUCUAAAUUGCGCCUGGGCUAGAAUAAUUCAUUAUGCCCAUUCUCUUGCAUUUCAAAGAUGAUGGUACAAAAAAAUAAGUUUUUUUUCUUUGUAUUAUCUUUUACCAGAUCUAAUGUGUUUUAUUCUCCAACAUUUGUUUCACAUUUCCACAAACGUCAAAGUGUUUUCUUUCAAAUGGUAUCAAGAAUAUGCAUAUCCUUGCUUCAGGGCCUGAGCUACAGGCAAUUAGAUUUGGCUAUGUCAUUUCAAGCGAAAACAUAUAUUUUUUUAAAGGGGGCGGAUCCUUAAGAGGUAAGUAUGUUUCUCGUAAUGUUCUCGGGCCUGCAAAAAAAUGGAAUGUUGAAUCUUUCAUUGCAAAUCCAUAUUGCUGAAUGAUUCCCAAGACUAAGAUUGUUACAAUGAGUGUGUUCACUGUAAACCAAAAAGAGAGAGCACAAAUACUUAAGGAAUAUAAUUUCCAAGGAAUAUCUUGUCAGUAUUCUCAGUUAUCUGGUUGACAUGGUCGUUUAUCAAUAUCAGAUGAAGGAUCUGGACAACGGGCCUGUUGAUACAGAGAGAAAACGGAAAUGUUUUUUUCCACCGGACUCGACGAUGCUCCACUUGAAUAGAUAAGUGAGUGAAGCUUCCUGGGUGACGCAAACCUUUUUUUUUUGCAAACAUUUGCAGUUCUGAGAAUUUCAUGGGACGAAUGGGGGUACAUGUUGUUGUCAGCAAUUACCACUGGGGAUACAUUAAGUCGUAGUGAAUUGAGAUCAACCAAAUAAUGCAUUUUUGAGUUAACUUUCCAUGUUGUGUUAGUCACGCUCAUGUCACUCUCCAAUUAUUUUACACAGCCACUUUAGCCAGUGUGUGCAAGCACCGCCGGAAAUGGCAGCAAACUCACAGCGAGUGAAUUAGAUUGACUGACUUAUUUUGAAACCCAACGGAAGUUCAUUCACACGUUCAUAGUAUAGUGUACCUACUUUAUACUUUGAAAACCACAAAUAUUUAGCUUUUCAGAGUUUCCUCACAUCAGAUGUACACGUACAGUAGUGUGCAAUACAUUGAGAACGCCUUAAUAUUGAGUUGCUUCCCCCUUUUGCCCUCAGAACAGCCUCAAUUCGUCGGGCCAUGGACUCUACAAGGUAUCAAGUGUUCCAGAGGGACACUGGUCCAUGAUGACUCCAAUGCUUCCCACAGUUGUAUCAAGUUGGCGGGAUGUCCUUUGGGUGGUGAACCAUUCCUGAUACACACGGGAAACUGUUCGAGCGUGGAAAACCCAGCAGCGUUGCAGUUCUUGACACAACCCGGUGUACCUGGCACCUCCUCAUACCCUGUUCAAAGGAACUUAAAUCUUUUGUCUUGCACAUUCCCCCUCUGAAUGGCCCACAUACACAAUCCAUGUCUCAAUUGUGUCAAGGCCUCAAAAUCCUUCGUUAACCCGUCUCCUCCUCUUCAUCUACGCUGAUUAAAGUGGAUCAUAGCUUUCACCUGGAUUCACCUGGUCAGUCGAUGUCAAGGAAAGAGCAGGUGUUCCUAAUGUUUUGCACACUCAGUGUAGCAUUCUAUUAUUGAAUGAUGUGUAUAGCCAAAGGGGGUAGAUAGGGUUCAGUGGCUAACCUCUGCUUCAGAGGAGGGUGUUUACUGUAAGAUGCAGAUUAGGGAUAACCAGAACCCUCAGAUCCAUUCAACGGGGCCGGGAAUGGUGUGUGAGCCAUUCGUCUUGGGUAACAAAUUCAUGAUUUGAAAUAUCCUCACAUUAUGGUCAACCUUUUCAACCCAUGACCUGUGCUGUACUUGAAAACAUUCCCCGAAUUUACAGGAGUUGACUUUCACCUUGCCCACGUAGUUUGACCUAAGAGAUGCAGCUAGGGAUAGGCAUGUGUGUGUGUGUGUGCAGUGGCGGUACAUAUUCUUGCAUGAAAGUGUGUGUGUGAGGAGAUUACGAGAGCGGGGGCUCACAGGGCAGCUCUGUUCUGAAUGGCCACCUUUGUGGUUCUCUCAUGCUAGCUCCAUUUCCCACAGGCCUCUUAGAGUUUUACAUCUCUCUGGUGACGGUGGGGUUGGCGCGGGAGCAGUGGCGAAAGCUCAGCUUUUCUUUCUGUUUUUGUGUCUCUGAUUCUUCUUACUACAUGUGUGGAUUUGUCCCAUUGCUGCAGGCACUCUGACAAGAGAAAAAAAAAAAAAACAUUUUUGUUUCCUAAAUGCUUCUAAAAACACGUGUGGGUUUUUGCAACACACGUUGUUGUCAGUUAGAUUUAUCCCUGAGUCAGUUCGAACUCUUCCACACUGCUUUUUCCCAGUUGUGUAAGAUAUGUCUGUACACAGUAACCUGGAUGUAUGUGAGGAUUUUGUCAACAUGCCCUUUUGUAAAAGGGCAAAAUUUCAUAUUUGGGAGGAUGGUACAUUUUGUACCACAUUGUUUAUGUAUGAAAAGAGGAUAAACAGUUUUGUGAACCUUAUCCUCUAGUUUAAUUUGUUAGCGUUUACUAUAGAGGUGGCCAAUGUAUUUUGUAAAGCAAGUGGCUGAUAGCACAAACUCUGGAAGUUUCCCCACUGGGCACAGACGUCAGUUCAACAUCUAGCUUUGAUUUGAAUUUGGUUGAGUUGUCAACUAAUGUGAAUUCAACGUGAAAUCAACCAAACAUUUCACCCUGUCAUUGGAUUUAGGAUAAAAGUUAGGUGGAAAAAAAAUAGGAAAUUCCUUGUUGUCCACGUUAAUCCGGCGUCAUCACAAUACAUUUUUUUAUUUAAAUGAUAUGGAAACAACAUUGAUUCAACCAGUUUUUACCCAGUGGGUUGUUUGGUUAGAAUGUGGGUGUUCAUUCAAAAAAAGAAAAGUUAACUCCAAUGAUAAUAAAAGGUAGGGUGGUUCAAGCCUGAGAACAUCUGUGAAAUCUUGAAGACAUUGCCCAGAUAUUAGACGUGUGCUUAAACUCUUUUCAAAUGUUUCAUCCUAGUUUACGCACUGCAGCAAAUAUUUUUAUGAAUCGUCCAAACUCCUUUAUCGGGCAAUGUUUGUUACCUUGGAGAAAUAAAGUGGCAGCGGUUGGAUGUGUGGAAUGGUGAAUGUGAGUGUUUUCAGAUGUGUGUGUGGACAAAUGUGGCUUUAAUAUUUCAACGUGAAGCCCUUAUUUAGAGAUGGCAGACCUUUAACAUGGGCUCCUGGACUUACGGUCCUUACAUGGCAAUCGGAAUGACUUGGACGAUGAUACAUUUAUGAACUAAUAGAUACCAAAUGUAUAUCCAUUUGGCAGCAACCUUUCAAAGUCAUGACAGUAUGUGAUGAUGUAUUGUUUCAAAAACAAUUGUAUCUUUGAGACUUCUCCAGCACAGCGAAACCACCUAGUUCAUUGCGAAGCUGGCCUGGGUUGUGUAAGCCAGUGAUGUAAGUCGAACACUGCCUAGCAAAGGCAAUAAUGCUUGGCUGGGCAGACGUAUUGUUUGGACAGGAGUGUGUCGCUGUAUAAACUGAAACAUGUCAAAGAGUAAUUUAGCACUGAGCGCUCCUGCUGAUCCGACUCCUUAGUAGCGGUCUGGGUCAUGAGGUUUAGUGAGAAAACAGUGAUUUUCGAAACAGGAGGGGCACUAUCGGUGAAGCUCAGUUGUCUACUGCUGCCAUUGCAAACCUGACAGCAAGUCAUGGUUUUAGCUAACCCUCCUCUAAAAUAACAGACCUACAGUGCCUUCGGAAAGUAUUCAGACCCCUUUACUUUUUUCCCCCACAUUU